CCGUGCAGCUGAUGGAGGCACAAGGUCCGUACCUGAACUGCUCGGCCCUACUGUCUCCCCUGGGCGCGCUCCGCUCGCUGCAGAUCCUGUUCGGCUGUGUCACCCUGAGCCUGGUAGCCCACGAUGGGGGUUACGGAGCGGCGUACGGCCACUUCUGCAUGUUCGCCUGGGCCUGGUGCCUAACCCUGAGCGGCCUGAUCGUCUCGUUCGAGCUGGCCCGGUUGCAGAGCUGCGUGAGGCUGUCCUGGGAGAACUUCACCAUCUCGUUCGCGAUGCUGGCCGUUCUGAUGGAGCUCACCGCCUCCAUUGUCUACCCGGUCUACUUCGUGCAGUUCGACUGCGGGAGCCACAGCUGCGAGUCCAGGGACUUCAGGAUCUCGGCCAGCGUCUUCUCGGGGCUCACUUGCAUCGCCUACGGGGUGGAGGUGCAGCUGAGCCGGGCCAAGCCGGGUCACAUCGGCGCCUACAUGGCCACCACCCCGGGGCUCCUCAAGGUGGUCCAGGCGUACGUGGCCUGCAUUAUCUUCGGGGCCUUGGCGAACGGCAGCGAGUACAGCCGCUACCCGGCCACCCAGUGGUGUGUAGCGGUCUACUCCGUCUGCUUCAUCCUCACAUCCCUGGUCAUCGGCUUCAAUGUUUCCGGCCGGACCGGGGCCCUCAGGUGCCCCUUCGACAGGCUGGUGGUCCUGUACACCUUCCUGGCCACCCUCUUGUACCUCAGCGCCGCCGUGGUCUGGCCCAUCUUCUGCUUCGACAGUAAGUACGGCUCGGUGGAGAGGCCGCCUUCCUGCUCUCUAGGGGAUUGCCCCUGGGACAGCCAGCUCAUCAUCGCCAUCUUCACCUUCAUCAACCUCAUCCUCUACCUGGCCGACCUGGUCUACUCCCAGAGACUCCGCUACAUCCCAGAGCCUUGAAGAAACGCCCCUUUCCCUGUGUGUGCGCAGAAAAACCCCAUUAUUUUAUGGCAAUAAAGAAAAACUUUACUCACGAAAAGACCUUUUAACUUAAAGCAGUUCUGCACGGAUCAAGAAAAACAAACAUUGGGAUUUGACGUUGCAACAUGCUCAAAGUUGGGAAAUUGCAUCACCAGAUGGUGAUGUCUGAAAUACUGAAGUUCAAACACCAAUCGAAUCCACUUUUAGGUGGUCACUUGAAAACAUUUUCCCUCCGUGAUAUCAGGAUGUGUGCUGGGCAGUAGGUACCGUGUUAUUAUAGAGAGUGCCAAACUUGUGACAGCGUUCUGAGGAAGGGUCACUCGACCCGAAACAUUAACUAUGGAUUUCUCACCACAGAAGCUGCCGGACCUGCUGAACUUUUCCAGCAAUUUCUGUUUUUGUUUGCGGCAGCCUUUAUGUUUAUCACAUAGGAUCUAUUUUUUUUUGGUAUGAGGAGGGGCAGGAUAACAAAGCAAACGCUCCUUCAGUUUUUUUUCUAUUAUUUAUUGCACACAGAUACGGUGACAUGAUCUAUAUCAUGGACGUAAAGCUAAAGAAGUGAGCGUUGCCCCGUGCCGCCUGUAGGAAGUCCCAGCCAGCUAAUUAUUUCUUAUCAUUAUCUUAUCACCCAAAUCGACAUGCCCCUCUGUUUGUACACCCCCCACCCUUGUUUAUUCAGCUUCCCUUAAGUGCUCUGUAAUUCACAUCAACCACAUGCUGUCGUAUCAGAUUGCACAUUCCCAACACUGUCUGGAUAAAGAACUUUCUCCCGAAUCCCUUCCAUUGGUUUAUUACUGACUGUCUGUCUCAACUUUGACUCCUUCCCAACCCCUGCUUCCCACCACCAGCAUAACCACUACUAACUCUCUCAACCAAACUGCAACCAUUCACUAUACCAUUACAACUACCCUACCAGACUCUUUCAUAAUCUUGAAGACAUCUCUCAGAUUACCCCACAUCUUCUUUCUUAAAAAAAUGCCUUACUUAUUCAAUGUUUCCUAAUGGGUAUAAGCUGUCAGUUCUAUGGUCAUUCUUUCAAUGCUUCUGUGUCUUUUUUAUAUAAUCAUGGAGACCAGAAUUGUUUGCAGUACUCCACCUUGGCUCUGAUCUAGGUUCUAUACAAGCUUAACCUCAUUUCUCUGCCUUUCAUUUCUAUCCCUUAGAAAUUAACCCUUCUGCUUAAAUAUAUUUGCCCUUAUUAAACUGUAUCAAUACCUUUAAUUAUGGUAGCAGAUUUGUGGUCUAAAAUAACAACAUUAAUAUUAAUUCAGGUUGUGACACCUUGUAGCCUAGGAGGGAGGUCAUUUGAACUGUCACUCCUGUGUUGCCCCUUUGCAAGCGUCCUCUAAAUCUGUUUCACUCCUUGCCUCCAAUUGUUUGCAGUUAUUUAAAGUGAAGCAGUGAAAAUGCUCUAAAUUCUGACAUGUUAUAGGUAUAUCAUUUAUCUUUUAUAGUCUUCCUUUUUAUCUGUAGAAUGUUGCAAAAUACUUACUGGAGUAACUUUGAAGUGUGUAUGGAUAUGCCUGUAUACCAGAUAAAACAUAGCAUUCUUGCAAGCGAGAGCUUAUUUCUCACUUAAGAGUUCUAUACUAAACAAAAAGCCAAAUCACUAGCAGCAGCUAAUUGUGUACAAAAGUAGCUUGAGCUACCUCAUGAACUUAAAUCUCUGGCUGUUCUGCUUCACAAUGCUGCUUUGUAUGUAUAUCUCAGGAUUUAAUGUUUCAAUGAUGUGGAUAUUCUUUGGGAAAGAUGGAGAAUGUAAGUCACUUGUUUUUGAUCACUUUGAAUUUCAGCAAGGGGAGUGAUAAAGGGACGUUCUUUGUUUUAUUUCAGUGGAAUCAGCACAUUGUACUAGUGCCAUAGGGAGAAUGAAACAGAAAUGCAUGUCUAACUAGGCCUGAAUAAAGCAUCUGCUGAAGCAUUCUGUACUGUGUGACCGGAAACCAAACGUUAAAAGCUACUGGGCAGAAUGAGGCUUCUGCGAUUAAAUGUAUAAACACAUACAGAUUUAGUGCCUUGGAAGCUGAACUAGGAUCAAAGUAUCUUUUUGAAAUAACAAGUGGCAUAGCUUAUAUCAUAAUAUUGCAACAGAGUCUCACGCAAUAACAAUUAACAGUACAGAUUGUCGAAUGUCAUUUAGAAGCAUAAACAUUGCAAUUGAAAUUAAUUUAUCCUCCAGUAUAAAUAUAAUGUUUUUAGAUAGUGUACUGUGUAACAAAAAUAAAAGCUAAGUAUUUCCUCA